UAAAACGCCGCGUCGGCCGCAAUUUGCCAGCCAUCUUAUGCUCCCUUCCCUCGGUAGUUACUCUGUACUUGGCAGCCAAAGGAAUUUCGGCCGGGUCGAGCAGCCGUCGACGACAUCAACUCGCUCGGGCACACCAAGGAAGAGACGGACUCUGGCUUGGGUCGCGACCUGACGCAGGCCAGGCCCGUCAACCAAUCUUCGUCGGCCUCCGAGGAACGAGGGGCGUGAAGGUCUCACGUGUACCUUGCUUGAACGGGCACAGCAGGGCAUCUUGGUCCCUUGUCCCCUUUCCCUUUCCCUUUCCCUUUCCCUUGCCUUUUGCCAUUCCCUGGCCCCGCGUGCUCCGCCAGACUCCCGUGAUAAGAAAAGUCCCAAUUUUGGAUUCGGAGACGGCACUCAUUGUACCGUCGCCCUGACCCCCGUGCCAACGAGCGAAUCUCCCGGCUUUUCAUCCUCCAGCCAUUGCAUUCGCCUCGGGUUCACGUUGCCGUCGCUCGUGUCAACCCGGAACACACCAACACUACAAAACUCCCUACGCCGCCUUUCUCGGAGCUGUUGGAGUUUUUUGCUCAUAAGAGUGCCUGACGUAAACCCCCCUCACUCCCCACCCCCUUCGGCCAAAGACGUCGCGUCUCGACACAAGACGGUACCAGAUCUCACACAUCUUACGCUCAGCUGGUCCAAAGACCUACCUGACCGUCUGACGUCGCACGAGCCAACCCAUUGAUUGAGUGUUUGACUCGCUCACUCACUCACUCACUCACCCACCCACCACCAUCUGUCCAUCCUUCCCAUCCUCGGCCCCGCGACACAGCUCGCUGAUUCCAGUAGUCCAGACCUCCCUUUGCCUACCUACAUACCUACCUACCUUGUUGGUGGGUGGCCGAGAGACCCAGGAACCGUGAGGAGAAAGGGUCGGCAAACGCAAACUCCACGCAACGCAACCAAACCACGCAAGCUCCCCCGGUCUGCCGCCAAGUCAGGUACGUAUCGCUUUGUUGUUCUUACCACCUCCCUACCUCGUCCGACUGAGAGGUUGCCGAGGGGGGGGCCCUUGGACAAAGGCGAGUUGCCAAGGGUCGUCUACUUUGGGGGAGAGAAGUUACCGGAAGUGAGAGUUGAGAUGCUUCGGUGGGGGUUGACCUGCAUCGAUCCUUAGGGGUUUGUGCUCCUGCAGCGACCCUAGUGGACUAGUCUGGUCCGUUCCGGUGCCUCGACCUGCCUCCGAUCCCAAAUAUGUGUCAGGCACUCACUUUUGGUGUGUUGCUGUCUGGCAGGAGUCUGGAGGUUUGCAGAGAGAGAGAGAGAGAGAGAGAGAGAGAGAGAGAGAGAGAGAGGUGUGUGUGUUUGUGGGUGUGUGUACUCUGUAUCCGUACAGGCGUUGAAUUCCAAGGGCGGCCCUGUCGCCAUGUCCAGCCCAGUGGAUCGCCCACGGUCUGCGAGGUGCAACUUGCAAGGAGCGUGGCGCACCGCUGCAUCAGCCGGCCGUUGAUUGGUCCCGGAUGAGACCAGGUGCAGGUGUGCGUUAAGCUCGCCAAAAACCCGCUUCGGGGCUUUGGUUCCUCCAAACCUUGACUCUUGCAAUUCCAGUCCCGUCGAGAUACCUCACAGCCCUCAGCACACUUCUCUGCCUGGAGUGCCCCAGCACUCUAGCACUUCAGCACUUCCCCAUCAGCACCACCAGCAUCAGCACCACCAGCAUUACCUCCACCAACGAAGCGCUUCCCCCCUCAGGCACUCUCAUACCUCGCACCUCUCGCCUCUUCUCUUUUUCUCUCUCCCUCCUGUCUCACACAAGCACCACCAUAAGCAGAAGUGCGAAAUCCUCUCUCUCUCUCACCUCUCUCCUCUCUCCACAUUGACCAUUUGGUCUAUUUCGUUCCGUUUUAUUUUUCCAUCCGUGUUCCCUCCGUUUGUUGUCUUUACCUGGCAGCGGCGAAACAUCUCCCGAAGCGCCCCCAGCUGACUGACAGACGCAGAAACACACCUACUCACUUGCCUACCCACCUUCCACUCUUCCUCCCCUUCCCACUCUUCAGCAACUACCCUACCCAGUUGUAGCUGCGAGUGCCCCAACUCCUUUGCCGCCUUAGCAGCAGCAGCACCACCACCACCACCACCGCCGCCACCACAGAAGGACCCUCGACUUGACACCUUUUUUUGCCGCCCAAGACCAGCAACAAGGCAACCGAAGCUGUAAACAAAAGCACAACAAUCACACAACAAGAAGAAGACCGUGAAUCAUUGUGCACUCCAAGGGCCAUACUUUGGCUAUCCCCCAGGACGAUUUUUUAUGAAUUCAUCACUCCGGAAGCGAUACUACCACUGUUGCCACAAUGACUGAACCGGAUCAGUGCAUCAUAUGCCUGGAGUCGCUGCAGCACCCCUCGUCGCAGCCAGACAGCGUAAACGGGGCGGGACCAGCAGCAACCACAACAACAAAACCAGCGGCAGUCUACCGUGCCAUCGACUCAGACAUCGAAAUCCUCGAAGAUCCAGAGUCCAACUUCAUCGCUACUCUCGUGGGCUGCAACCACGUCGUGCAUGACCAGUGCAUCAGGAGCUGGGCCAAAAACUCCAACACUUGCCCCAUAUGCCGAACGCCUUUCAAUGAGGUCAGUCUAUCCUCUGAGCUCAACGGCCCUGCCGUCGAUUCCUACGCUGUCCAGGACAAGAAGCAAGAGCAGGAGUUCGACAUCCACCGGUGGCUCGAAGAGAACCCCGAUGACGAAGCGUCGGAGCCAAGCCCCGCCUGUCCCAUUUGCGAGUCUUCCGACCACGAAGAGGUGCUGCUCCUCUGCGAUGGCUGCAACGCAGCCUACCACACACACUGUAUCGGCCUGUCCGGCGUGCCCCAGACCGAGUACUGGUACUGCUUCGAAUGUGCCGAAAACAAUGCGGGUCGGUCAAGCUCGAGCGAGGCUUCGGACGUCGAGGUGCAGGCGCACCCCAUCACGCAGGCUGCUCGCUCGGCAGCCAACCGACGAAACGUGGUCGCCCGACGAGGCUUCUUGCGGACGCAGUUGCAGGCCAGGAACGCCCGGCGCGAGGCGAGAUCUCUUGAGUGGCAGGGCGCCUGGGACCGGAUUGCGAGUCGUAUCUACGAUGCUACUGACAUCGACCUCGACAACCACGAAGACGAAGACCUCUUCCAAGGCUUCCGCCGGGCACAGGCGCAGAGAGAGCAGGUCCGCGAGACCCAGGAGCACCAAGACUGGCAGCAGCGCAUGAACAUCGCCAGCCGCCUAGGCGCCAGAGACAUAUUUGCACAGAACAUCCGCCCAGCCGUGGGCUAUCGCCUGGACGGUGUACCGGUCGAGCCGGUCGUCCAGUCUCAGCCUCCCCCGCCGCCUCCCGAGACUCGAGAGGAACAACAGGCCUGGGGUGCGCUCGAGAGAGCUCGCGACGCCGAGACCGCCCCCAACGCUCGUAAGCGAAAGGCGAGGUCCGUCACGGCUUCCCCCCAAGAGCCCGCUCAAGAACCCGAGCGCAAGCUCAAGCGACCUCGUACCCGCCGAUUGCCUUUGCAGGGGGAAUCUUCCGGGUCCGGCUCAGCCUCAGCCUCAGCCUCUGCCUCUGCCUCUGCUUCCGCCGCAGCUUCUGGCUCUGGUUCUGGUUCUGCUACUGUGCCAGACGCAGCUCCUACCUCUGCGGCUGCCGUCACACCGUCAUCCGCGCCGACGACCGUGCUGGCGUCGAGGCCUCACUCGAACGGUGCAACCCAACGCGCCCAGUCUCCGAUCAGCACGGAGCCUGGCCCGUCCUUCCUGUCGUCGCUGCUCAAGGAGGUGGAAAUGAGCACUCCGUCGGAUGACGAGACGGUGCGGAACUAUUUCGGCACGCGUUCUGGCGUCGACCCGUCGUCGCCGGUGACGCCCCCCUCCCCCUCGUCACGCAACUCUCCGCGGGCGCUGUCCCUCACACCGCCACCACACCCCCGGCCUAGUUCGCCUACGUUAUCAUUGAGCUCUUAUGUGGAACCGAGAUUUCCCAAGGCCAACUACUCGCCGACCCGAAACACGGGCGACAGCAGCGACUCCGACAGUCGUUCGAACGGCGCUGAAAUCCGCCAGCCUCGACCGCAGCGGCCGAACCGCCAGCGGCCCAACUUUUCUCGGUCGCAGGAUUCGUCUCCCACGCGACCGGCCAUCCCCUUCGAGACCAAGGAGAGAAUCAGCGGCAUCGUCCGGGCCGCUCUGAAGCCCCACUGGCGCGCUCAAGAGCUCACGUCGGAGCAGUACGCAAGCAUCAACCGGGACGUCUCCCGGAAGCUGUACGAAGGUCUGCGCGAUCCCCAAACCUUGGACGAGGAUGCCAAGAAGGCGUGGGAGAAGAUCGCUUCCAAGGAGGUGGCCCGUGCACUAGAGGAACUCAAGGCUUGAUCAGUCGGUGUGUGGUGGCACGAAUGGAAUGGCGUUUUUUCUGGUGUUUGGCAGCGAACCGAGCGGUUUGAUACCCGACACUCCAACUAGGGGAGGCUUGUUUGAAAUCUUUCGGCAUUGAAUUAUCUCGUGCAUAAGGAAUAGGCCUUUGUAAGUAACUCGUGGACUUCGAAUUGCGCCAAUAGCGAGCAUCUCAUCGACACCACGUUAUGGAGACGCUCGAAGGGAAGCCGGACCGGCUCAUUUUUUCUUCGAUAGGUAGAUAGACGACGAUACGACGAAUGGACAUAACGACACUUCUUUCAUGCUUGCGCGGUCGUGACAAUCAAAAUCGUGAGUGUUUCUGCAAUGGCCAAGUCAGUGACAUCAGGACCGAUGCACACACACACACACAAGCCACAAGCGCACGAAAACAGGUAGCGAUGAGUGGCGCGCAAAUCUUCUCGGACGUGCUCCGCCGAGAGUGCGAGCCGUCUACUUUCGAAGCAUUCGUCGCGCGACAGGAGCCCAGCAUAAUCAGCAGUGAAAUCGCUGGAUGUGUUGGCAGUAACUAUCUAACAGUAUAACCCAGUAAGAAAUGCAGGUGCUGCUAGCGAAAAAAGACUGCUCUUUACUCUGGGCACCGGAUAAAUGAUCAGGACGUUCUGGAGGCGGAACAGGUCUUGACGAUAA